CAUAAUGCCAUUUUGAUCUGAAAGUACAGCGGUGUUUCAUGUUGUCGCAGAUGCUUUUGAGCGUAAAUAUUUGCUUUACAUCUGCAGUGAUACGUGCAUGUUAGAUAAGAAAACGGAGUUAAGACUUCACGUUAAUUAUAUGAUUGCUCGAUUUCAGUUUUUUUAGACCACAUUUCAAUUUGUAGGAUAAAACAGUGCGAUAGACGCCGUUAGCGCAUUCAUAGCCACAUUGCUAUAGCGAGGUCGUCGUCCGGUGUCGAUGACACAGCUAGCUAACGUUAGCUAGCCAACCUAACAAAGGAACACUGGGAGUGGGACCGUGGUAGCCUCGUUUGCGAGAAUAUCUCAAACUCUAUGUCGUUUAAAUACAAUUUGGUUUAAUCAAGAUAAAUAGCGUCCAUUUCAACAUCUAAACUAUUUUUUUGUUUGUUGCAAAACCUGUUUUUUUUUCACGACUGUUUUGUACCAAUCGGUUCGUUUCGUCGGGCAUAGCCCUCUAAACACUUGACUAUCUAACGUAAGCUUGCCAGUGCUGUGUUUUUGGCUAAGAAAAGGCGUUGUGCGUAAAAAUGGCAGAGGUGUACAUUCGCGUGGCCGAAGAAGAGAAUGAGGAGCCCAUGGAGAUCCCAUCCGAGGAUGAUGGCACAGUGUUGCUCUCUACUGUUGCAGCUCAGUUUCCAGGGGCCUGCGGCCUACGAUUCAGGAGUCCAGUUUCGCAGUGCAUGCGAGGGGUCCGUUUGGUGGAAGGGAUUCUUCAUGCACCUGAAAACGGCUGGGGCAAUUUGGUCUAUGUCGUUAAUUAUCCCAAAGACAACAAAAGGAAAAUGGACGAGAUUGAUGCCUCCUCGGCUGUAAAGAUGAAGAGGGGUGACAUGAAGACUUCAGACCUGAUUGUACUGGGGUUGCCAUGGAAGACAUCUGAACAGGACCUGAAAGAUUACUUCAGCACCUUUGGGGAAGUCAUCAUGGUACAGGUGAAACGAGAUGUGAAGACUGGAAACUCAAAGGGAUUUGGCUUUGUGAGGUUUACUGAGUAUGAAACUCAAGAUAAAGUGAUCUCUCAACGCCACAUGAUUGAUGGAAGAUGGUGUGACUGCAAACUCCCCAACUCCAAGCAAGGUCCAGAUGAGCCCAUGAGAAGCAGGAAAGUGUUUGUAGGCCGUUGCACUGAAGACAUUUCCGCUGAUGAGCUGCGCCAGUUCUUCAUGCAGUAUGGCGAGGUCACUGAUGUCUUCAUUCCCAAACCCUUUCGUGCCUUUGCCUUCGUCAGCUUUGCCGAUGACCAGGUUGCCAGUUCCCUAUGUGGAGAGGACCUGAUUAUUAAGGGGGUCAGCGUGCACAUCUCAAACGCUGAGCCAAAGCACGGCAGUAGGCAGAUGAUGGAGCGAGCAGGGCGGUUUGGAAAUGGGUUUGGGGCUCAGGGCUUUGGUAGUAACCGCACAGGUUUAGGGAGCAGUGCCGGGAGUAAUAUGGCUAAUUUUGGCAACUUUAGUCUGAACCCUGCCAUGAUGGCUGCUGCUCAAGCUGCCCUGCAGAGCAGUUGGGGAAUGAUGGGUAUGUUGGCUAGUCAACAAGGGCAGACUGCCACCUCAGGCGCCACCUCUACUGGGCAGACUAGCUCCACCAGGGAUCAGAGCCAGGCCUACAGUACAGGCAACAGUAACUACGGAGCCAGCUCAGCCAGUCUAGGUUGGGGUACCGGUUCUAAUUCAACAACCAGUGGUAGUGGGUUUAGCUCAGGAGGAUUUGGCUCCAGUAUGGAGUCCAAGUCUUCAGGGUGGGGUAUGUAAGUAAUAGUUUGUAUGGUAAGUAUUGUGAGAUGUCUUUUUCCAAAUCUAUUUCUGGUGUUACGCGUAUCUGAUAGCUAAACGCUUUUGUCAAAUGUUUUGUAAAUUUGGAAAAUGCUCAAGAUUUAAUUUAGAAAGUGUUUGAGGUGAAUUAUUAUUUACCAGAGUGUUCAGCUUAAGUGCUACUUUAAGUUUGUCCUGACCUAUUUUCAACUGGAUUCUUAAAGGCAUGUAUUGUGAGUUGUGAUGUUUCUGAAAAUGCAUGAGAAAUCAUCCAUAUAUAUAUAUAUAUUUGACAACAAUCUUGCAUUGGAAAGAAUCUGGUUGAAACUGAAAUGUCUAAGUGCAACUUUAUUUGCAGUCAAGUUCAAUGGAAAAACCUUCACUACAAUCUCUUCUGCA